AUGGGAUCGCGGAGGACCGAGUGCGGCCGCGGUGGCCGCAGCCUCCAGCCCCAGGGCAAGGUCAACUUCCACGUAGCCCGCCCGCUUUGGCCGCCGGUGGAAUACCGACCGGUACCCGCGGCAACGUGGCGCUCUCGCCAGCUGCAGCUGGGUUUCAGGCAGAGCCGACCCUCAGUGGGUGCCCCCCGAAGUCGGCGUAGCCUGGGAGCCCUGUGGACUCUUAUUCUUGAGGAAACCCGAGUGUAUUAA